GAGCGUCUGGGCAAAGUGCUGCGGCUUUACGAGGGCACUUUCUGCUACCGAAACUUCACAAGAAGAAGUGAAACUCGGGAAGCUGCCUGGCUGCGACGAGCCGGUGGCUGUGGUGCGCCUGGAGGGCCAGUCUUUUCUUUACAACCAAAUUCGCAAAAUGAUGGGAUUGGCGAUAGAGAUUUGCCGCCGCACGGCCCCCGUUGCUGCCUUUCGGCUGGCCACUUCUAA